UGUAAAUUUGUGAACUAGUAUUCUUUCUUGCGGAUUUUUUCACGGUGAAUAAAACAGUACAAAAGUGCUAAAAUUUUUUUCCGUUAUCUAUAACGUGAAGUGGAAUAAUGGCUACACAUUGUUUUAUAAAGAAAAAGUGUGUUAAAUAGGUGGGAAGUGAGAAAACUGAUAAAUUCUCGAACGCCUUCGAGAUAUCUGAUUGUGUGUGGCAAUUGCCGUGGAGAAGAUCGUGAAAAGGAAAAAGUUGGAAAAGGGCGCUCCGCUGGCAAUUUGCACUAGUGAAAAACAACAACUUCACCUCGUAUCUGAAAAAUUCAACACUCCCGCUCAUUUCACGUUCCACUCGGUGUUCCAAUAGCGCCGAAUAUAUAUACACACAUACACGCAACACUGCUCGCGUACAUACACAUAGGCGGUGUAUAUACACGGGCGCGCAUUCAGUCGCAACGAGUUUAGAUAUUUUUUCUAAAUUAACGCUGUCAGCGCUGAAUUAAGUAAAGUUGGAAUAAAACAAUUUUUUUGUGCAAUUAACAAGGAAAGGCAGGAGAAGUCGAGGAUUAUUAACUCGAAACCCUUUACGAUAUAUCAGUGGCUCGAAUUAGCAAAGAAAAAGUUAUUUGUGAAAACAGAUAAAUAACAUAUUGUGGACGAGUACGUACGCGGGCGUCUGCGGUGUAAAAUAACUCACUGCCAACGAGUCUACAGGCAAAAAUUUCUAUUCCGUUUGUCAUGCAUCUAAAGAGCGGACCGAUCUGAAGCAAAGCCAACAAGUUUUUUUAAAGUGCAUCGUUUCGUAACGAACGACGCAAAACUCCAGGUGGAUUGCGCAUACAAUUCCCGUUCUGUGAGAAGAAGACUGCUUUGAAUGGAUCCUUUUGUCGGCUGGUUUCAAGAGGAACAGGAGGGUCCAGCAUUACGCACAUGGUGUAAAAUUUGGGAGACCAAUGCGCAUGAUAUGAGCCAAUUGUUAGAACAACAAUUACAACAACUGCAAAGCGUUGGCAACGGCAAACUAAACGGAACUUUGUGUGCACGCGAUCGUGAUUUACAAUUGCUUUUACAGCAAGUUGGCAACGGGGGUCUCCGUAAUUCCAUUUACAACAAUAAUAAUAACAAUAACAACGGUAGUAGCGGCACAAAUAGUGGCAAUACAUCCAGCAACAACUCCAUUGACUCGACGAGUAACAACGACUGUAUCACACCGGCCACCACACCAGGCGGUGGAGGCGGCGAUAACAACAGCACGAAGAUGCCAUCACAUGAUCGUCCAAGCUAUUACAAUCCGUCUCGUAGGAAAAUUGGACGUAUAGUAGACAAUAAAGCGAGCACUUUUAACCUCAGUAAACAUAUGGGAAAAUUAGUUGUCAAGUACAAAGGUUGCCCUUGGCGUGUGCCGGGCUUUGAGUAUGGACGCGGAGUAAUCGGUUUACAUCAGGAAAUCGAACAGUUUUAUAAUUAUGUAUUGCCCACGCCCACCGAACAUGCAAUACGCAAUGAGGUAGUGCAGCGUAUAGAAGCGGUGGUACACUCAAUAUGGCCAAAAGCGAUUGUAGAGAUAUUCGGCUCCUUCCGCACGGGUCUGUUUCUACCCACAUCGGAUAUUGAUUUGGUCGUUUUAGGACUAUGGGAGAAGGCGCCUUUGCGCACACUCGAAACAGAACUGAUUGCCCGCGGUAUUGCUGAGCCACAUUCGGUGCGUGUGCUCGACAAAGCUUCGGUGCCCAUCAUCAAGCUCACAGAUCGCGAAACGCAAGUGAAGGUUGACAUUUCGUUUAAUAUGCAGUCUGGGGUACAGUCAGCGGAAUUAAUUAAAAAAUAUAAGCAGGAGUUCCCACUGAUGGCGAAGCUAGUACUUGUGCUGAAGCAAUUCCUGCUACAACGUGAUCUCAAUGAAGUUUUUACCGGUGGCAUUUCCUCCUACUCGUUGAUAUUAAUGUGUAUCAGUUUCCUACAAUUGCAUCCGCACCAAAUAGACCACGAGAAAGCCAACUUAGGUGUGCUGUUGUUGGAAUUUUUUGAACUUUACGGACGUAAGUUCAACUACAUAAAGAUCGGUAUUUCGAUCAAAAACGGAGGCCGGUACAUACCUAAAGAGGAUUUGCAACGUGAAAUGAUCGAUGGUCAUCGUCCUUCAUUGCUGUGUAUUGAGGAUCCUCUUACACCUGGUAACGAUAUCGGGCGUAGUUCAUAUGGUGCAUUGCAGGUGAAACAAGCAUUUGAGUAUGCGUAUAUGCUAUUAGCGAAUGCUGUGAGUCCACUUAACGAAUUCGGUAGUAAUUGUGCCGAACGCACUAUCCUAGGGCGAAUAAUACGUGUAACCGACGAUGUAAUCGACUACCGUGAGUGGAUACGUGAGCAUUUCGAGCACCUUGUGGUCCCGCAUACGCCCAACAAUGGCAGUGCCCUUAAGUUCAUUCCGUCAAUGCUACCCCCUGGCGUCAUCACACCUCCCUUACAGCAUCAACACAUGCAUCCCCUACAACAACAGUUGUACCAUCAGCAGCAUGCCGUGAUGGCGCAACGGUUACGAAGAAGUAGCAUCUCAUCGGGCGAAGACUCUGAAGAUAGCAAAGAAUGUGAUGUAGACUCAACGUCAUCUCCACCGAUAUCUCAGCAGCACCUCCAACAACAACAACAACAGCAACAACAGAGCAUACACCUGCAGCAGCUGACACAACAACACCCGCAACACUCCCAGCAGCAGCAGCCACAAUUGCCGCCUCAACACCAGUUGGCCCCACAGCAGCAGCAGCAGCAGCAACAACAACAAAUGCACACGCAAUGUCCGCCUCCGCAACAACAACAACAGCAGCAGCAGCAGCUAACGCAUAAACAGCAAUCGCCGCCUCGGCAACAAAAACAACCUUCACCACCGCAGCAACAUAAACAAUUGUCCCCGCCACGCCAACAACAGUUGCAUUCUCAGCAGCAGCAGCAGCAACAGCAACAACAACAACAAGCGCAGCAAAGAUUUUCCGGUGCGUCAAAUCGCCGUCAAUUCUAUGUGCCACCUCCAAUGCAACAGCAAUAUCAGCAGCAACAACAACAACAAAUAUCCAAAUCGUCUUCUACUGAGUCGUACUCGAAUGCGACAAGUACGAGUGUGACUUCCACCUAUGUUGGUAACACCAACAAUAAUAGCACGAAUAACAACAAUAAUCGAUCACGCUACACACAACGACCCUCACAACAACAAUUGCGUCAACAGCGUAUGCAACAACCAGCAAUGCGUCAGCAACGCUACAAUUCAAGAGCUGCAUCGCCACCGCCAACAUUAUCCCGCUCGGCGACAAAUCCAUUGCAACGUACGACACUCACCUCUGCUUCAUCGACCAUUUCCAUAAUUUCCAUAUCGUCUGAGUCUUCAGUGGCAUCGAUAUCGUCAACGGAUAGUUCGGAGUCGGCAUCAGCGUCUGCAACAACAAAAUCAGGCCAACAACGCAACCGUGAAGGAAGUGAUAGAAGGAAGAAGCACCAAUCCGGUAGCAGUAGGUCCAGCACAAGCAAAUAAAUAGCAAAGUAUCGUCGUCCUUCAUUCUAUGGGAAAGUCCGGUAAAACACCCAACCGACUGCCGGGAGUGAGUGUAUCGCAACGCAUUUCAAAAGCACAACGAAGAGUUUGUCGCGCGCUCAGUUUAUUACAUACACAAUCACAUCAUUUAUUUUAGUACACCAUUAGAAAUCUAGGAAAUUAAAUAGUCCUACAACGACCAUAUUGUGGGACGAGUGGCCAAUACGUUAUAGUAGUAGUAAUAACACAUACCUACAUAUUACUGCAGCGACGCAAUUGAGAGUAGGGGAACCCCCAGAUUUGUGCUUGCAUUAUUCUAUCUAUAAUUACUGGGCUGAUAUUAGUAGAAAUAGUUCAUAACCUGUGCCUAUUUUAACGUAAUUUAACAUGUAAGCAAAAAUGUUAAAUUAUACAACAGCAACAACAAUACUAACGUUUGUUGUGCAACACACACACACCGAUGAUCACGUUACUGAUAUGAGGGAAAUGACAAUGGUAUGAUAUCGUAUGUUGUAGUGUUGCCACACUAUCAUAACCACAAUAAAUAUAUAGCACCGGAAAUUCGCAUGACGAUGGACGUUGCUACAAGAAUGCCGCAUAGUGUAUAGCAGCUAGAAAAAGGAUAUGUGAGAGGCAGCCUGCUUAAGCAAAGCAGAGAAGUUGAAGUUAACUACAAGGGUAGAUAGAGUGAGAAUGCGAGUGAGAGAAAGAGAGAGAGAGAGAGAGAAAGAGAGUAAGACGAAUGCAGUAAAGCAAUAUCCUUUAAAGUUAAACUUUUACCAGAUAAAAGAUAAGAUGAGAAUUACAAGAGAGUAAGUGAUUUAAGAUAAAAGAAGAAAUAGCUGAAAAAUAAGUGUAUCGAAAUGGAAACUUUAAGCUUGAUCAGAAAAGCUAAUGCACACAUGGAUUAUGAUAGCAAAUCAAAUAAGAAGCAGAAGAAGAAGGUAAAAAAUCAAAGUCUAUACCGUUAUUAGUAUUUAAUCGCGUUGAAUGAAAGCUAUUAGUUGCUAUAUAGUUAGAAAACGAAUGUAAAUGUAAAGAAAGAUACAUGUAAAUCAGUCAUAUGCUUUCAUAAUAGGAUGUAAGUUAACUUUUUCUCCCCAAAAACAAAAAUGUUUUAUGUAUGUGUUACGGUGUAGCAAUUCAGAUGAGGUAUAGAAGAGCAUCAGUUUCAUGUGAUAUUAAACGAACAAAAAAUGUAAAGUUUGCAACGCCAUUCUUACGCAUACACAGACGCACGCAUGUAAAGGCAUACAAAACAACAACAGCAGCACCAUUUUGAAAUGCUUCAACACCAACUUCAACUUUUCUCGUUUGCUAGAUGUGUGUUUAAAAAGGUUAUAUUGAUAACCGCGAGUUGUAUAUUGUGUGACAAGCUAAUAGGAUAUUUUAAUUUAUGAACUGAAGACAUUACAUUUAUAAGAACAGCAGGAGAGGUUGUACCGUGAAAGUGUAGCAAGCAUUUUUUUUUUGUUUUUUUUUUAUUUUUUUCUUUUUUUUCUUUUUUUUCUUUUUUUU